AUGUUGCUAAGGUCUUUGCUCAAGAAGCCAGCUUCUGUAACCACUAAUGCCAAAAGAAUGAUGUCUAAACUCGUCACCAAAGCAGAGGAGUAUGAAAUCAAGGCUGCUAGUGAAAGCAGACAGUUUAGUAAAGCUCCAAUUAUGGAAAACUUCGGAGAGCUUCCUCUUGGAGAAAUCCCAGAGCCAUUAAAAUAUACAAAGCCAUUCAAAAUGACAACGUUGAGUAAUGGUAUUAGAGUUGCUACUGAAUAUUGGCCAUCAGCUACAUCAGCAAUUGGAGUUUUCAUUGGCGCUGGUUCAAGAGAUGAGACUAUUGAAACUUCUGGAAGUGCUCAUUUCUUAGAGCAUCUCCAUUUUAAAGGAACGAGCAAUAGAUCCAGGACUCAAAUCGAAACAGAGGUUGAAAAUCUAGGAGCUCAGUUGAAUGCAUACACAUCAAGAGAACACACUUUGUAUCACAUGCAGGUAUUUAAUCAAGACCAAGCAAAGGCUAUGGAUGUACUUUCAGAUAUGCUCACGAACUCAUUAUACAAUAACCAUCAGAUUGAAAUUGAAAGAGAGACUAUCUUGCAAGAGCUUGAAGAGACCAACAAGGAUUACCUUGAAACUCUGAUGGAAAACGUCUACUUCAACAUUUAUAGAGAGCAUAUGAUGGGCCAUCCUAUUCUUGGUGAUAUCGACAAUAUCAAUGCUAUUAACAGAGAUAUGAUUGUAGAAUUCCAUACUAACCAUUACUUUGGAGACAACAUGGUCGUAGUUGCCACUGGUAAUGUCAACCACGAUGAAAUCGUUGAUAUGGCCGAGGAGAAAUUUGGUAAAGUCAGGAAAGAUUGCCCAGGAGAAAGAAGAAACACAGAAAAACCUGUAUAUACUCCAGCUUUGUUGAUGGUCAGAGAUGAUGAAAUGGUCAACUCGAAUGUAGGAGUGUUCUAUGAUGCCCCAGACUGGAAGCAUAAGGAUUACUACGCUUUCUUACUUCUGCAAAGAAUAUUUGGAUCUUACUCUAUAGAGGAAAACGCAGAGCAUUUGAAUGAUGUUGCCAAGCAGUAUAAUGCACUCCAUGGAAUGAUUGGAGAUCUUCCUGAUGUAACAAAGCAUGAAUGCAUUUAUUCUCCAUAUUCAGACACUGCUAUCUUUGGUCAUUACUUCUUUGGAAAUGAGGUAUUCACUCGUCAAAUGAAUUAUUGUGGAAUGGCAGUCAACACAAUUUAUGGACAUUAUAUGAAUGAAGUUGAAGUGUUCAGGGCAAGGAACAGAUUGUAUCAUGAAUUAAUGAACAUUCAAACUGUCUCAGAUGUAUUGCAAUCUAUUGGCCCACAGAUCCUCUACCUCAACAGAAGAGUCCAUAGAUCUGAAAUUGCUCAAAGAGUCAGCUACUUGGAUGCUCAUCAUAUGAAGAAUCUCUGUUAUGAUUAUUUCUAUGAUGCCGAACCUUCAAUCACAAACUGGGGGCCAAUCGAAGGGGUUUCUUCUGUUGGUUCAUACAAAUACUUCAAGCAGCACACAAUGUCGACAGUCACAAAUGCUCAUCAUGCACUUUACUGUUAA